AUUGUACCCAAAAUUCCACACAGGAGAGAGAGUGAAAGAGAGAGAGAGAGAGAGAAAUGGACAGAGGUCUCUGAAUUCUUCUACAUUAUCCAAUUUGCAGAGGCGGGCGGGGGUUCAGCGAGAUCAUUAAUGGAAGGUCUGUUAUCGAAUUCAAAGGUGGAGCGGAGAGGAAAGAAGAGGGAGGAAGAUGAAGAAGACGACGAUGGUGGAAUUUCUAGUGUGGGAAUCAGAAUAAUAGAGAGAUGGGGGGCGGUGAGUGGGGAGGUGAAGAGAUUGGGAUUGAUAGCGGCGCCGUUGGUGGCGGUGAGUAUGUCGCAGUACCUGACCCAAGUUUUUUCCAUGAUGAUGGUUGGGCAUCUCGGCGAGCUCGCCCUCUCCAGCACCGCCAUUGCCCUCUCCCUCGCCAACGUCUCCGGCUUCAGCCUUCUCUUGGGAAUGGCUAGUGGAUUGGAAACUCUAUGUGGGCAGGCCUAUGGAGCACAUCAGUAUCGAAAACUUGGGGUUCAAACCUCCACUGCUGUUUUCUCCCUCAUCUUAGUCUGUUUUCCUCUCUCUCUCAUAUGGAUUUACAUGGGAAAAUUGCUCAUUUUUGUCGGUCAAGAUCCUUUGAUUUCACUUGAAGCCGGAAAAUUCACAACAUGGCUUGUUCCUGCACUCUUUGCUUAUGCAGUUCUUCAACCACUUUUCCGAUACUUCCAAACGCAGAGUUUUGUCACUCCCAUGCUCAUAAGCUCAUGUCUCACUCUCGCUUUACAUGUGCCUCUCUGCUGGGUCUUAGUAUUUAAGUCUGGACUAGGGAAACUUGGAGCAGCCCUAGCAUUAAGCAUUUCAAAUUGGCUGAAUGUGAUAUUCCUCACCUUGUACAUGAGCUACUCCCCAGCCUGUGCAAAAACGCGUGUCAUGGUAUCUACAGAGAUUUUCCAUGGGAUUGGAGAGUUCUUUCGCUUUGCUAUUCCUUCUGCUGUAAUGAUAUGCCUUGAGUGGUGGUCAUUUGAGCUGAUCAUCUUGUUUUCUGGGCUUUUACCAAAUCCAGAGCUUGAAACCUCAGUACUAUCUGUAUGUCUAACAACCAUUACAACACUCUAUGCAAUACCAUAUGGGCUCAGUGCCGCUGUAAGCACUAGAGUUUCAAAUGAAUUAGGGGCGGGGAACCCUCAAGCAGCUCGCGUGGCUGUUUAUUCUGUGAUGUUUCUUGCAAUCAUAGAGACAAUUCUGGUUAGCUCAACCCUCUAUGCAAGCCGGCAUGUUUUUGGUUACACUUUCAGCAAUGUGAGGGAAGUUGUGGACUAUGUCACAGACAUUGCCCCGCUGCUUUGUCUGUCUGUUGUACUGGACAGCUUACAAGGUGUCCUCUCAGGUAUUGCUAGGGGAUGUGGGUGGCAGCAUAUAGGUGCUUAUGUCAAUCUUGGGGCGUUUUAUCUCUUCGGAAUUCCAUUUGCUGCCAUACUGGGUUUCUGGGCACAUUUAAGAGGAAAGGGCCUCUGGAUUGGAAUACAAGCUGGUGCUCUUCUGCAAACAAUUAUGCUCUGCACCAUAACAAGUUGUACAGAUUGGGAAACACAGGCAGCACUGGCAAGGGAGAGGAUAUUUGAAGGAAGAUCUUCAGCAUCCGAUAGAUUAGUGUGAAUGAGUUGAGGCUACAAUAUGCUUUUUUUCUAGCAUAUUCUAAAUAUCGUCUCACUAGGCAAUCCAACCCUUCUCAAAAGCUAUUACUAUCACUAGCAUCCCAAUUACGUAAUUCUCUAUCAUAUAUUUCCAAAUAAUUAUCAAUUAAGGGGUUAUUGGAGUGAUUGGUUUA